AUGCCCCAACACGUCCUCCUUACCGGCGCAAACGGCUUCAUCGCCCAGCACAUCCUCGCCCAGUUCCUCGAAGCAGGGCACUCCGUCCUCGCCGUCGUCCGGAGCGAGUCCUCCGCCUCCCGGCUCCGCGCGACAUUCCGCUCCUACCCACCUCCCCAGCUCGACAUUGCCAUCGUCCCGGACAUCACGGCCCCGGGCGCCUUCGACGCGGUCCUCGCCAGCGACCCGCCCCUCGACGCCGUGCUGCACACCGCCUCGCCCUUUGACUUCCGCAAGGGCAACGCCAGCGCCGACUUCCUGGACCCGGCCGUCAAGGGCACGACGGAGAUCCUGCGCGGCGUCGCCCGCGCGGCCCCCUCGGUGAAGAGGGUCGUCGUCACGAGCUCCACGGCCGCCGUGGUCAACGUCUUCCAGCCCGCCGUGUCCGACCCGCCCAAGAUCUACGACGAGCGGGACUGGCUCGAGGUCUCGCAGCAGGAUGUCGAGGAGGCGCAGGAUCCACGUCUGGCGUACCUCGCAAGCAAGGUGUUCGCCGAGAAGGCGGCGUGGGCGUUCGUCGCCGAGGAGAAGCCCUCCUUCGACCUCGUCACGAUCAACCCGCCCAUCGUCUACGGGCCGCCAUACGACCCCUCGACGCUCGCGUCCCCGCAGGACCUCAACCAGAGCAACUUCAUACUCUACGCGGGCCUCCUCGCGCCGGAACUGACGUCGGCGUCGCCCGUCCCGCCCGAGGUGUUGCACCUGUACGUCGACGUGCGGGACGUGGCGCGCGCGCACUUGCUCGCGGUGACGAAGCCCGACGCGGGUGGGAACCGGUUCGUCAUCGGUGCGGGCGGCGUGUCGAACCAGAAGAUCGCCAACGUGCUGCGGGAGAGAUUCCCGGAGCUGAGGCACAGGAUCCCCGAGGGUGACCCGGCGAAGGCGGCGCUGCCCGAGGGUAUCUUCGGCUUGGAUCCUUCCCUGGCGGGGAGGGUGUUGGGGUUGGAGUACAAGAGUCUGGAGGAUACCAUCGUCGAUACAGCGACGCCGAUUGUUGAACUGGAGAGGCGUGCAAAGAAGACUACGUGA